AAAAUGGUGAGGUGGCGUUGGCUGAGUGGGCUUAAUUCUCGCGAGAAACCCCGCAUUCUUAGCAGGCCUAUAGCGAGAUUUCCUCCUACCUCACCGAACCUGAAAAACGGCUGGUGUCAUCCUCAGAGCCAUUUUUGUUUCUUCUUUUAUCCAUUAAAUCUGAUUGGACCAACCCUUCAGUCCAUCAUCAUUUUACCUGUGUGGAUUGGCCAACACAGAGCUUCACAGCACAAUCACACGUACAUUUCAGAUUGCUGGUCUGAAGAAGCUCGGUGCUGAAUCAUGGGGAAUAUUUUUGGUAAUCUGCUGAAGAGUCUGAUAGGAAAGAAGGAGAUGAGGAUUCUGAUGGUUGGAUUGGAUGCAGCUGGUAAAACCACUAUCCUAUACAAACUCAAGCUGGGUGAGAUUGUUACCACCAUCCCAACAAUUGGCUUUAACGUGGAGACAGUGGAGUAUAAGAACAUCAGUUUUACUGUGUGGGACGUGGGUGGCCAAGACAAGAUCCGACCCCUCUGGAGACACUACUUCCAAAACACACAGGGUUUGAUCUUUGUGGUGGACAGUAAUGAUAGAGAGCGUGUGAAUGAAGCAAGGGAGGAGCUGAUGAGGAUGCUCGCAGAGGAUGAACUGCGUGAUGCUGUUCUCCUGGUUUUCGCCAACAAACAGGACCUGCCUAAUGCAAUGAAUGCAGCUGAGAUCACAGACAAGCUGGGCCUCCACUCGCUCCGUCACCGCAACUGGUAUAUUCAGGCCACCUGUGCGACCAGCGGCGACGGCCUGUACGAGGGCCUUGACUGGUUGGCCAAUCAGCUGAAGAACAAGAAGUGAGGAGUCUCAGUUGGGUGUGAGGGCUUAUUUAGGGAAAGGGGUGGGGUCAGUUGGGGUUACCGUAUUAUUUGGUUUGGUUUGGUUUUGUUUGUUUCUUUCUGUUUUGCAAAUGUGUGGUUACUAGACCCAUCAGAUGGUCUGUGUAAAUGGACUUAUCACACAUGUUCACAUAUCUAGAUAUAUCAUAUGGACACAUGCACACAUACAUAUGUGCACGUUCACACACAUACCGAUACAACAGACAAGCAUUGGUGUCGCUUUUCCUUGGUGCACUUCUCGAUUUUCAGUGUAAACAACAAGCCACUUUUUAACACAGUAUCAGUGAAGCAUCAGUAGAGCAUCCUCCUCAGUGUUUUUCAUUCAUGUGCUGUUUUCCCCUCCUUCAUCACUCUGUCUUUCAUUGUUAAUGAUGACGCAACGUGUUUUCUACAUACCUGUGGAAAAGUAUAUUUUUUGCUAGGGCGUUAUGAGCUGAAGCAGUAUCGUCUGAUUGAUCCGUGUCAGUCUUGUAUUUUCAGUUCAGGUUUUGUAGGAAGUAUUUUUUGUUAAGAAUAUAAAUAUUGCUGUUUGUCUCAUUGCACACAUACACAUAUACCAACUAACAUUAAGCAACUCGCUCCUUUUCCUGUCGGUCAGUAACUGUGUUAGUUAGAGCUGAAUUGUGCCCUGCUGUGCUUUUCUGCAUGGCUUUGCUCCUUGACUGUUGCCGUUCUGGUGUUGUGGCUCAGUAGACAGUAGACUGCAUGCAUGUGAUCUAGAAGUAUAGAGCUGGUCGGUGUUGCAUGCCGCUUUGUGGCAAUGUUGUAUUAGAAAGAUGGUGUCAUGAAUGGCUGGCUGGAUCAGUUAGAUGUAAAGUUAGGUAGAAUUGAGGUGAAUGUAUAGAUAGAAAAACAAAGGAAAGUCAUAGAAAGUGGUAUAAGUGCAUGUCAGCAUACAACCCUUACAUAUCGUGCAGUAUUAACACUACUGUUGGCUGGUCUAUCUGCAGCACGUCAGUAAAACUGUCAUAAAGUUGUACAAUUCAGUCAGGCAUAUUAUAGUUCUGUAUGGUUCUCUAUGGUGUUGGUAAAUGGAAAAAAUAAUGGAAUAAAAAUGGAAAGAUAUUUUAAAAAUUGCAUUGUUAUUUGUUCACAUCAUGCUUUUGUGUGCAUGGCUUGCAUGCUGUGCUCUUGGCCCAUAAGAUAGAUAGAUAGAUAGAUAGAUAGAUAGAUAGAUAGAUAGAUAGAUAGAUAGAUAGAUAGAUAGGUAGAUAGGUAGAUAGAUAGUUAAAUAGAUAGCUAGAUUGAUAGUUAGGUGGAUAGAUAGAUAGAUCUGUAGGUAGGUAUGUAGGUAGAUAGCUAUAUAGAUUGUUAGUAAGAUAGGUAGACAAAUACCUAGAUAGAUGCGGAAUGACAUUUGUGGUCCCUGCUGUUGUUAAUUUAUUUAUUAAUCUGUAAUUGGCAUGGUUACUGUAUGGUGUAUUAUUCUAGAUUCUUUAACAUGUGUUACAUGUUUCUAGUUACAGACAAACUAAGAAAAUGCAUCUAGCUUUUGCCUUAGUGCUAUGAGGGGUUGUAUAAUGUAAGUAAAAUACACAUAUAUACACCAACAAACGUGCUUUGAGACAAGCUGCAUUAUCUUGUGUUUCCCUGUGUUGCCUGUCAGUAUUUCUGUUCCAGUAUGCAAUGUGAGGGCUUGGAGUAACAUAUCACCCCCAAUGAAUGUGAAAUUAGUUUUAUUAUUUAUUUGCUCAUAUUGUAUCAUAUUGUCUUUAUUUAUUUUAUUUAUUUAAUUGAAUGUUGUGUUCAAGUGAUUAGAGAAUGAUGAAUAUUUAUGCAAAUCAGGCCAGUUUUGCUGUUUUUAAAUGUUAGGUAAUCCAUUUUCACACAGUGCUUAUAUAUUUCACACAGUAAAUUAAUUUAAAUAUGAAAUACAAUCCACACUGUGUGUAGAUUAAAGAUUUUCUUAUAAAACACUAAGCAUUUACUGAGGCAUCCCCUAAUCCUGAUUCAUUAGUAAUGCAUGCUACUUCAUUGGUAGAUACAACUAGACUACUAGUGCUGUGUAGAGAGGGCACGAUACCUUUUUUCUUUUCCAGUACCAAUAUUGAUACUUCCAGCACAAUAUUGAUACCAAUGGAACAAUAUUUCCUUAAAGACUACUAAGCUUUAACAUGAGCUAUAGGUAUCGAAACAGUGCAGUCUCUAGUCCUGUGCUAUAGGCUAUACUCAGUCUGCAUUACUGAUUGUUCUGUCAUAGUACACAGUAUAAAUAAAUACUAACCCAACUUAUACGAAUGACACUCUUAGUGAUUCUGUACUUUUUCAAACCCUCUAGACCAAAACGUUGGUCAUGAAUUCUCAGUAAUCAUUAAUGUCAGACAAAAAGAAAUCCACUCCAAUAGGGAUUUACUGAGAAUUGCUUCUGAACCCACAUUCAGUACUAACUCAGUGUAAUACAAAACAUUCACACUAUAGGACUAACAUAUACUGCCAGUCUACUGAAAUACUAACUCAAAAAUAAACACCACCAAACAUACAACAAUGUGAUUCCAUUUACAGAAGUUCCAUGCACUGGUGCAUUUCACUACUGGUGAACUGUACUACUUUGUUACUAUAUUACUGUCAACACACACUACCUAAUUCAUGUAUUAAGCUGCUCUACAACCUUAAUGUCCAUGUUUGAGCUAAGCGUAUUCCAGGUCAGUUCUUAUGUUUUAAUACGUACAUCGGUACACCCGAAGCACAGCAGUUCAUCAACAAAGAAGUAGUUUCUCUAAUUUAAGGUACCAUUUACACAAAGCAUCUACUAAGUCUAACUAUAUUAGAACAUUUGUCCGUGCUGUCCACACAUACUGUACAGUGUGAUUCACAACCUAUGUGUCCAGUCAGUUAAGUUUUGUGGCCUUAUAUUCUGUAUUAGAAAAAAUAAAUAAAUACUCAUCCAAGUUAUCGAUUUAAUGAGUUAUGAGUUGAUUUAGGGGCUGGGCUCUUAUACUUGGGAAAGAGACUGGGUCAUGAGUUUUAGUGAUGUUGCAAAAGCAUAUAUUCAUAGCGUUUAAAAUUUUUGUGUGCUUAUUGCUUUGCCGGGAAUGAGUUUGUAAGGGUGGCUUUAGUUCUUACUUCUGUGUUUUUGCUUUUGCUUACUUUACCAUUGUGGAGCAUUCUUCUUUUUUCUUUCUUUUUGUGUGAUAGGUCAAUCAUUUUGAUGGCUUUUACAUUGUCUGUGGAAAUGAAAAUUUGGGGGGAAAGGAAAUGGAAACUUCUCACUGAGUAAGAAAAAAAGCGUGAAAAUCAUGGGGAAAUCUGCUGUAUCUGUAACGAUGCUCCUAGUUUAAGAUAACUGCUGAUUAUUAUGAUGUAUUGUAGUCACCAGAAUCUCUCUCUCUCUCUCUCUGACCCUUUGACUGUAACAUGACUCUCAAAUAAAACCAUGAGAAUUACCAUCCA